UCACCAUUUAAGCUACUUGCCACCCAAGCUUCUGAUCAGAAACAGCAUCAAGCUAAUUUAGCAGUUUAAACGGUGUCAAAUAGUUAAUUUUAAUACAUGUAUAUGUUCAAUGGAUGAUGAGAACGCAUUGAAAUAUUUAAUCAAGCUUACCCAGAAUGGCGAAUUGUGCACACUUAAAAAAGAACUUGGUGGCAACAUUGUUGUACAUUGUGUACAAAAAACAUUUCGGGAAAUCGGGUGAUACAUUGUUGCAUUAUGCCGCCCGUCAUGGCCACUUGGACAUUGUGCAAUUUUUAGUAAAAGAGAUUGGGAUGGACAUAGAGCUUUACAAUACCGACUACAAAAGAGCUCUACAUGAAGCUGCGUCCAUGGGACAGCGGGAGUGUUUGAGCUAUCUGCUCACUGAAGGAGCCAAAGUAGACUGCUUAAAAAAGGCUGAUUGGACCCCUCUGAUGAUGGCCUGCACCCGGAGGAACCUGGGUGUGAUCCAGGAACUGCUGUCCCACAAGGCCGAUCCCACGCUGAAGAACAAGGACGGCUGGAACUCCUUCCACAUCGCCUGCAGGGAGGGAGACCCAGCAGUCAUACAGCACCUCCUACUGGCCAACCCGGGUGUAUGGAGUACAGAGAGCAAGACGCUGAGGACUCCUCUGCACACUGCAGCGAUGCAUGGCUGUGAAGAAGUGGUCAGCAUCUUGGUACAGAGGUGUGGUUAUGUUCCGGAUGGCAGGGACAGCUGUGGGGUCACUCCCUUUAUGGACGCAGUGAGGAACGGACACAUAUCUGUAGCCAAGCUACUGCUAGAGAAGCACCAGGCCUCUCCAACUGCAUCAGACAUCCUCGGGGCCCAGCCGGUGCACCAGGUUGCAGUCACAGCCCAGGAGGAGAUGCUAGAGUUCCUAGUGAGGGAUCUCGGAGUGGACGUGAACCAGACAGCCACUGACAUGCAGCUCACUUCCCUGCACUACGCUGCCAAGGAGGGCCACACAAGCACAAUCAAAGCACUCCUCACAUUAGGAGCAGACCUUCAUGUCAGGGACAAAAAGGGAAGAACAGCUCUUCAUAUGGCGUGUAUAGGGCAGCAUGCAGAAGCGGUCAGGACACUCCUACAGCUGGGGCUAGUAGACGUGGUGGAUGCCUCGGGCUCCACUGCUCAACAGCUUGCCAAAAAAACCGAUGUGCUCAGAGUGUUUGAAUGUGAUUUGACAUAAACUUCUGUCUGAAUGGAGAAUCAAUAAAUUAUGGACAUUAAUGGUCUUCUGGAUGGCAGAAUAAUAACUUCA